CAAUGCUCACUCAUCACACUUACUCAUGCCUGCUUGCCACGAACGACUGCCUCUAUUUCCUAUGUAAGGAAGGGGAAAUUGGUCUACCGUGAACGCUGUUGAACGCCGUUAAGAGUUUCAUUACCAUCACAGUCUGCAACACACGAUUAUGAUUUUGACUGUUUCGAAGUGCCCAUCUUUUGCAAGUUGUAUCUCAUAGUUCGCCGCGAAUUCUCGGACACAUUGUUCUCUUUAAUCAAAUUCUACUGGGGUAAAACAACAGUUAAUCAGUCGGACGGAUUUAGAGCCUUCGAAAACUGAUCUUAAUCGGCCCUAAACAUUGUGGCUUAUUCGGUAUUUUAAAAGUUUCGUUAACCAUCUGCUAUCUGGUGUUGAAAGUCUGAUCUACGAACGCGCAAAGAAAGAACGCUCACUUGUGGAAAUCGACAUUAACUUCGUUCGAUUUGUAGCCUGUGACAACCCCCCCUAGCUCACGGGAAAUUCAACAGUCGAACACUUCAAUUCUCUUAGCAUUUGGACUUGAUCGACCGAUCGCAAAAGAUCUAAAACGGGACAGCUGCCUGUAAUAAUACAUAACUAACUCGGCACUGAGAUAUUAUGAACAAAAAUAUGCCAGUUGCAGUGCAAUCAUGUGCGGAAAGAUUUGCAGCGAACUGGAAGGCUCAAAAUCCCACAGAGAAAGAAGAAGAACAAACUUCGCUUGAUGAUAGUUUAACAAAUCUUCAAUGGCUUCAUAGUAUUAACAUUCAGGACAUUGCACCAACGACCACCUCCAUAGCUCCUUCGCCGAGCCCGUCGUCGAAUUCGUGCGACUCUGGCGACCACAGUGAUUCAAGCGAUGGAUACAAGGACAUUCAUUGUAAAGAGCCAAAUAUUGAUUACAAAAACGAUGCCAACCACAAACCUCCUUAUUCUUACGCGACAUUAAUUUGUAUGGCUAUGAGAGAAACCAACAAGACCAAGAUUACACUGAGUGCCAUCUACAAGUGGAUAAAGGAAAACUUUAUGUAUUACAGAGUUGCGGAUCCCACUUGGCAGAAUUCAAUUCGUCACAAUCUGUCACUAAACAAGUGCUUCGUAAAGGUAGCCAGGAACAAGAAUGAACCGGGAAAAGGAGGCUUCUGGAAAAUAGACCCUGCAUAUGCUGACAUGUUUGUGGAUGGUGUGUUCAAACGAAGAAGAGGUGUGAAUACACAAAAACCUUCAAAGAAAAGUUCUUCAAAACAAUGUAAGAAGACUACAUCAAAGAGAUCAGCAGAUUCUCUUGCAUAUCCACUUGAUGAUGACAACAAUGAAUCUUGUGACAGAAAGAAACAUAAACCUGUUAAAAUAAAGAUUGAAAGAGAUGAUGAUGAUGACUUUUUUAGUGAGGAAGAAGUUGCACCUUUUUCUGGUGGAAUAAAGGAAGAAUUUAGUUGGAUGACAGUGUUAACAAGCGAUGAAAUUGAUGAAAGUAUACGAGAGAUUGCAGAUGCUCAUGGAAUUUCAUUUGAGUCAAGUUCAAUUCCAAUAACAGGCCUGUGUGGAUUAAACACACCUGUUUGCUUAAGCCCACCACCAUCAACAGACAGCACAACUAACCAUAGCUUCCAAGUGGAUCCUGAACUGGACUUGACAAUAAGGGGUGUGGGAUUGUUACCACCCCGAGAAAACCUGGCCACACCAUCACCAACCACCUUAACAGAUGCUACACACUCUGUUUUUAACAUGCCACCUUCCCCUCCCUUGAUGUAUGAAGAAGACCACCCUUGGGCAGAAACAAGCAAUGACCUUCUUGACUGUUUUGAGUUAGAUGACAACAACAAUGACAUUUGGUAAAUGAACUUAAUGUUUUUAGUUCAGGAAAAAAAAUGUUGUUUGACAUGAAAUAUUCUGUGGGUGACAGAGGAAACAAUUGCAUGAAAGUCUUAAAUAGUGUCUUGAGUUUCUUUUAAAUCUCAGGCUGAAAACUGGUAGAGAAUAUCAGUCUACAUCAAGACCUAUGAAUGAAGGCUGAUAGUUUCGAAAGAAACUGUUUGGGGCUGCGUCGGUGGGAGUAACGAAAUAAUUUGGAUAUAU